UUCCCCGCAGCGGCCGACGUCCGCCAGCUCCCCGGGCCUUUCGGUGCACUUCGUGCCGCGGUUGUUCUGAGAAUAGGACUAGCGCAGCUUCACGCAGUUGUUUUUCCCUGGUUAAAGUCUGUGAUGCAUUUAAAAUCCACGGGGACUUUUUUUUUUUUCUCAUAACGUUCGUUCACAGGAUUAAGCUCUCUGUUAUUUGAUAUUUAUUUUUUCUGUACUUUAUAGAAAAAUGGAAAUCGCCACUCCUCCAACAUCGAAGUGUAUUAUAUACUGGAAAAGAAAAGUCAAGUCUGAAUACAUGCGUCUCCGGCAGCUCAAGAGGUUUCAGGCGAACAUGGGAGCUAAGGCUCUGUUUGUGGCCAACUUUGCGAAGGUUCACGAAAAGACUCAAAUUCUGAACGAAGACUGGAAGAAGCUUCGAGUCCAGCCAGUGCAACUGAUGAAGCCAGUCAGCGGGCAUCCCUUCCUGAAACAGUGCACUGUCGAGAGCAUUUUCCCGGGGUUCCCAAGCCAGACACUGUACAUGAGGACCCUGAACACGGUGGCGCUGGUGCCCAUCAUGUACUCCUGGUCCCCUCUUCAGCAGAAUUUCAUGGUGGAGGAUGAAACUGUUCUGUGCAAUAUCCCUUACAUGGGAGAUGAGGUGAAGGAAGAAGAUGAAACGUUCAUUGAAGAGCUUAUUAAUAACUAUGAUGGGAAAGUCCACGGAGAGGAAGAAAUGAUUUCGGGGUCAGUUCUUAUCAGCGAUGCCGUGUUCUUGGAGCUCGUGAACGCCCUGAAUCAGUACUCGGACGAGGAAGAGGAAGGACACAACGACUCUGAGGUUAAACAGGAGGAUGGGAAAGAGGAGCUGCCGGUCACAAGGAAGAGAAAGCGAAUUGCAGUGGAAGGUAGCAAGAAGUGUUCAAAGAAGCGGUUUCCAAACGACAUGAUUUUCACUGCCAUUUCGUCUAUGUUUCCUGAAUACGGCUUCCCGGAUGACAUGAAAGAGAGGUACCGGGAGCUGACGGAAGUGUCGGACCCGAACGUGCUGCCGCCGCAGUGCACUCCCAACAUAGACGGGCCGUGCGCGAAGUCGGUCCAGCGGGAGCAGUCCCUGCACUCCUUCCACACCCUCUUCUGCCGCCGCUGCUUCAAAUACGACUGUUUUCUGCAUCCUUUUCAUGCUACUCCUAAUGUGUACAAACGAAAGAAUAGAGAGACCAAGAUCGAGCCAGAUCCUUGCGGAGCAGACUGUUUCCUCUGGCUGGAAGGAGCCAAGGAGUUUGCUGCGCUGCACAACCCCAGGUCCAAGUGCUCGGGCCGGCGCCGCCGGAGGCACCACGCGGUGGGCGCUUCCUGCUCGAACGCCCCGGCUUCCGCCGUCACCGAGACGAGGGAGGGCGACAGUGACCGAGACACGGGCAACGAGUGGGCCUCUAGCUCCUCGGGGACCUACUUCAACAACUUCUGCUCCAUUGCCAGGCUGCUAGGAACAAAGACGUGCAAGCAGGUCUUUCAGUUUGCAGUGAAAGAAUCGCUUAUAACCAAACUGCCAACAAACGAAUUAAUGAAUCCAUCCCAGAAGAAGAAAAGGAAGCACAGGCUGUGGGCUGCGCACUGCAGGAAGAUCCAGCUGAAGAAAGAUAACUCGCCUACCCAGGUGUACAACUACCAGCCCUGUGACCACCCCGAGCAUCCCUGUGACAGCUCCUGCCCUUGCAUCAUGACUCAGAAUUUCUGUGAGAAGUUCUGCCAGUGCAACCCUGACUGUCAGAACCGCUUCCCAGGCUGCCGCUGCAAAACCCAGUGCAACACCAAGCAGUGCCCGUGCUACCUGGCCGUGCGGGAGUGCGAUCCCGACCUCUGCCUGACCUGCGGUGCGUCGGAGCACUGGGACUGCAAGGUGGUCUCCUGCAAGAACUGCAGCAUCCAGCGAGGUCUCAAAAAGCACUUGCUGCUGGCACCGUCGGAUGUCGCCGGCUGGGGGACUUUCAUCAAGGAAUCUGUGCAGAAGAACGAGUUCAUCUCCGAGUACUGUGGUGAGCUUAUCUCGCAGGAUGAGGCUGACCGCCGAGGGAAGGUCUAUGACAAGUACAUGUCCAGCUUCCUCUUCAACCUCAACAACGAUUUUGUUGUUGACGCCACCCGCAAAGGAAAUAAAAUCCGCUUUGCCAAUCACUCGGUGAACCCCAAUUGCUAUGCCAAAGUUGUGAUGGUGAACGGCGACCACCGGAUAGGGAUCUUUGCCAAGAGGGCCAUCCAGGCGGGAGAGGAGCUCUUCUUUGAUUACAGGUACAGCCAGGCAGACGCCCUGAAGUAUGUCGGCAUAGAGAGGGAGACAGAUAUCAUCUAGGCUCUGUGCGGGGUGGUCCCCAGCACACCUUGCUGCUGCACCUUGUAAGCAAUGCCAUGUUCGCUUCACGCUGACAUGACUGCUGCUGUUCCCGUUGCUGUGUGUGUCACAAGUGCUACUUUCCAUC